AUGCCUCGCAUUAUACCUCUCUCGGCCCGAGAUGUGCUCCGUACGCCCCUCCCAAUCCUCUCAGUAGGCUCCUUCCAUACAACUAGUGGUGCUCUGCACCAGGUGGAAUUCACAGGCCGAUUGAGGGCAUGGCAAAACUUCGAGCACGAUGUAAUUGCCCUUCUGUCCUCAAACCUACGUUGGAGCCGUCGUAUAAUCGAUGUGGCUAUGAUUGGCCACGGUGUAGAGAACUCGGGGCGUUUGAAUGAACGCCUUUGUCAGGCAGUAACCUCCUGCCUCCAAGCCCAGGGCCACAACCUACGAUCUGGAGGCUUCAAGGCGGGAAAUUCAACUGCACAAACUGCAACCGCAACCACAAGGGUUCCAGACGCAGUCAUGCUGAACGCCAAUGCCGUCAUUAAGGUCGUCGGUGAAGUGAAGACACCAUGGCCUCGGGACCACGUCGAAAUGCUCAGCUUUGGGGUGGAUCUGCUUGAGAGCGGGGAUGACGGCAGGCUUCGCCACAUCCUCGGACAAGUCUCCCGCUAUAUGCGGGACCAGAAUGUCACUCAUGCCUUUCUGUCAACAUACGAGGAAACGUUGACGACCAAGGUGUUUGGACUCUCGAGUACUCCCCAGUGGUCAUGUACGACGACGAGUAUGACCCUCAAAGGGGGACGAUUACCACACGACAAGGGCUAUAUUAUUUAG